CACCCCUAUAUUUUCCAUCCUCCAUUUGUAUAUAUUCAUCUCUUUCAUAAAACCAUAAACCAUAAUCCAACCAUCACCAAAAAAAUCUUCUUCACUCGACACAUCAUGCAACAAGCAAUUCCUUAUAGGUCAUGGACUCACACCUCCACAACUCACUUUAAUGUUAUCAACCCACACACAUUAACUAAAAAUAAAAUCCACAAUACAAUUGAUGAAUCGUCGCAUAAACCCUCUUCCUUGGAGAGAACAAUGGUUGUUAGCAUGGUAUCAGAUAACGCAAUUAUAGUGUUCGCAAGGCAAGGGUGUUGUAUGAGCCAUGUCGUGAAACGUUUGCUUCUUGGUCUUGGUGUUAACCCUGCCAUACAUGAGGUAGAGGAGAAAGAUGAAGUGGAUAUGGUUAGAGAAUUGGAAUCCAUUAUUGCAAGUGAUGAUGGGAAGGUUCAAUUUCCAGCAGUGUUUAUAGGUGGAAAAUUGUUUGGUGGAUUGGAUCGUAUUAUGGCCACUCAUAUUUCUGGUGAAUUGGUUCCUAUUCUUAAACAAGCAGGGGCUUUAUGGCUCUGACUCAUUAUGUUAUUCUUUCUUUCUUUUUUUCCAACUCAAAUUUCCAUUUCCGUUCUUCCUUCCGGAUAUGUUGAUUCCUUCCUAUGGAGUUUGUAGAGAAAUAAUAAUAGAAAGUUAUCAUAAUCCUUAGUUCUUCAAACUCACCUCUUAGAACAAAAGAGGUUAGUUGAGAUGGAUACAAAUUUGUUGAUAUUUGAAAUAUUUUUUAUAUUGUUCCAGAAUUUCAUCUUCAGGUAUGUUUGGAAGUUGAAUUUUGGAAAAAGAGAGUUUUUUUUCCUUUUUCAAAUUAAAAAAAACUAUAAAAUAUUUUUAAAAAUAAAUUAAAUGGAAUUGAGAAUUUGAGAUGUUAUAUGAUCA